UCUUUUCGUUACGCCAGCAGCUAAGUCCGAAACACGGUAGCAGCUGUGCGUGGCGUCCUCUGACGGUUUGUGAGCGUUCGUGUCCCUCGCCCACCUUCCUUCUUUGGUCCCCGCGAUGCCGAUGUACCAGGUAAAACCCUAUCACGGGGGCGGCGCACCUCUGCGUGUAGAGCUUCCAACCUGCAUGUACCGGCUCCCCAACGUGCACGGCAGGACUGGCAACCCCGCGACCCACGCGGGCCACGUGCAGGAAACGUCUGACCCAUCUCUGCAAGCACUCGAGUCCCGCCAAGAUGAUAUUUUGAAGCGGCUGUAUGAGCUGAAGGCAGCAGUCGAUGGCCUCUCCAAAAUGAUUCAUACCCCAGAUGCGGACAUCGACGUAACUAACAUCCUGCCAGCAGAUGAGUCCCCAGCGGUGAGCACCAGUGCUCUGGACUUGAACUCAGUGCUUGGGAAGGAUUAUGGGGCAUUGAAGGACAUCGUGAUCAAUGCAAACCCUGCCUCCCCUCCCCUCUCCCUGCUGGUGCUGCACAGGCUGCUGUGUGAGCACUACCGGGUCCUGUCCACCGUGCACACACACUCAUCAGUCAAGAGCGUCCCUGAAAAUCUUCUCAAGUGCUUUGGGGAACAGACCAGAAAACAGCCCCGUCAUGAGUACCAGCUGGGCUUCACUUUAAUUUGGAAGAAUGUGCCCAAGACUCAGAUGAAGUUCAGCGUCCAGACGAUGUGCCCCAUUGAAGGGGAAGGGAACAUUGCAAGGUUCCUGUUUUCUCUGUUUGGUCAGAAGCACAACGCGGUGAACUUAACCCUCAUAGAUAGCUGGGUGGAUAUCGCGAUGUUUCAGCUCAAAGAGGGAAGCAGCAAAGAAAAAGCAGCUGUUUUCCGCUCCAUGAACUCUGCCCUGGGCAAGAGCCCGUGGCUGGUGGGGCAGGAGCUCACCGUGGCAGACGUGGUGCUAUGGGCUGUGCUCCAGCAGACUGAAGGCUGCGGUGCUGCCCCCGCCAAUGUGCAGCGAUGGCUGCGCUCAUGUGAGAACCUGGCCCCCUUCAGCACCACGCUGGCACUCCUCAAGUGAUACCAGCAAGUGCUCCUGUUGAACAAUGGUGCUCCUUCCGCCUGUGGUCAGGACAGGGACUUGGAUUAAAACCAAGUGUUUUUAUUUAGAUCAAUUAUCACAUUAUCAAUAAAAGCACCAUAUAAUUUA